CAACGGCUUGUGUACAAACUGCGAUGUGGUUUUCCAAAUAAACGGAAGAAAGCUGUGCAUUUAAGACGAGCCAGUGCCGUUCAUUUACAAAUCGCAGAAAAUAAUGUUUCCGCCAACACGUGGCUGCAAUCAAAAUACAAACAUAUGUAUGUGAUAAGAAGAAAUGAUGCCCGACGCUUGAAUUCCAAUACGCAUCACAUACACAAAGGUUUCAAGAUCCAGUUUCAUUUAGGAAUUUCGCGCGAAUGGAUGCCGACGUUUUCACGAAAUUGCUGACUAUAAUUGAAAAUGAUAUCCGUAGGCAAGAUACGAACAUGCGGGGGUCGAUAAAACCAAGAGAUAGACUCGCUCUCACCUUAAGAUUUCCUGCCACUGGUGAAACUUUCCAGUCGCUCGCGUAUGCUACCAGAAUAGCACCAAAUACUCUAUCACAGAUAAUUCCGGACACCCUUCAAGCAAUAUUAAACAAUUUGGAGGUUACUUGUGUAAAGGUUCCAACCUCUGCUAGCGAGUGGAAAACUAUUGCCCAUUCAUUUAAUGUGUCCUGGCUAUCCCCUCAUUGCAUUCCUGCUAUUGAUGGAAAAAAAGUUACCUUCAGAGCACCAAGGUCUGAAGGUGCAAACUUCAGAGACUACAAAGGAAACAACAGCAUUGUUCUUCUCGCAAUUGUUGAUGCACACUAUAAAUAUGUAUAUGUAAAUAUUGGUGCAAAUGGGAGGGUGAAUGAUGGGGCAAUUUUCAAUAACAGUAAAUUGGCUGAAGCCUUGAAUAAUAAAAAACUGAAUUUGCCAGCACCAGAGGAGAUAGAGUGUUUCAGUGGUGUGGAACUGCCUUAUGUGUUUGUUGCUGACGUUGCAUUUGCAUUGAAAGAGUAUAUGAUGAAGUGGUAUCCCGAAAGAGACCUCUCAGAGGAGAAAAGGGUGUUCAAUUAUAGACUGAGCAGGGCUCGAAGAGUCGUUGAAAACGCAUUUAGCACGAUGUCAAAUAAAUUUGGGGUUCUGCUCAGUCCUAUUCGACUUUCAGCAAAGAAGGUGGAUAUUGUUAUAAGAGUUUGUUGUGUGCUGCACAAUUUUAUUUUAGAACAGAAAUCCCAAUGCUAUAUUCCACCUGAAAUUGGCAACAGAACAUUCGCAUCUACUAUGGAAGGCAUUCAGCAGCAAAAUGGACGGAAUCCUACAGUAAAUGCAUUGAGGAUUAGGGACCAAUUCAGGAACUACUUCAACACCGUAGGUUCUGUGCCAUGGCAACAGCAGUGUGUUGAUGCGGGAAGGUGGUAG